GUGUAGAUCUGUGUGAAUAUGUGAUAUACAACUGACUCUGCCUUUACUUACUUGGUCAGAUAGUAAAUAGAAAUCGAAGUGGUAAUAUAAGGAUUGAUUGACGUUUGACUACACAGGGUUUGAAGUGAUUUAUUAUAGCCAAUAACCACUAACCAAUAUUGUGUCUAUGCUACACCACAGCGCUUUAUAUCAGUCAAUAGUUUAAAGAUUCGUAUACAUAUGUUAACAACAGAAUGCUGUUUAUGAUAAGUUCUUUCCGGGUACAUCCAGUAUAUAUUUUAUAACAAGUGCCCGUCGGGUCGACGUCCUCACCUAAUGUAGGCUAUAGGAUAUUUAGUUCAUUUAAGGAUUAUUGCGAAAACUGUCUUCAUUUUUUUACGUUGAAUUAGAAGAGAAAUUGGAAUAUCGUAACAAGAAAUGAAUCGAAUCGGUCACAGUGAUAUGACAUCUAUCAAGUCGUAUGAUGGAACGACAAAGGAAUCUGCUUCUCCUGUAUCGAAUACGUACAUCAGCGAAGCCAGAUUAAGACGAAAGAGUAUGAUGGUGACAGAAAAAAGAGGUCCUAUCGGUUUGUUCCACAAAACACCUCCACUGUCUAAAAGGAUUCGUGACCUGCAUAACUGCGGUAAAGGAGAAUCAUACGAGAAACACAGUAGGAGAUGGGUAAAAUGUAAACUAGCUUGUAAGAAUAUUAGCCAGACCAUCGAGCUGUGGGGAGGAAAUUUAAGAAGUAUUGAAGGUCACCAAGGAACUGGUGUGGUGUCGUUUUUUGUACUAUUAAGAUGGUUGUUUGGUCUUAACAUUGUUUUAUGUCUUAUUACCUUUUUCUUCGUCAACGUACCUGUUAUAUUCUUUAAUGAAGAGGUGUAUUCUACAAGUUUACCAGCUUAUAGUUUAGUACAGACUUGUACUAAUAACUAUACAGUAACACUUUCUUCUGAUCCUUUACAACAAUUUCUAGAUUUCUUUCUUGGAACAGGAUGGAUGGAGAAAUCAUAUUUAUUUUAUGGUUUUUACACUGGUUCUGGUAUAUAUGUUGGGGACAAAAAUGCAGUGGGAUUCUUUUACAACUUUCCACUACUAUAUUUAUUGGCUAUUGUUGGUUGUAUGUUGAUUAGUGUAUUUAUGAUGGCCAACCAUUCGAUUUCUGCUUUUCGAAAAAGUUUAUUAUCAGGUGAGGUGACCAACAUGGAAUAUAUAACCAUGAUAUUUUGCGGAUGGGAUUAUUCUCUAUCAGAUGAACGUAAUGCACAAAUCAAAUCACGAAAUUUCAAAUAUGUUUUAAACAGUGAUAUUCAAGACCAAAAAUUUCUGAAACAGAGGAAUGAUAAAAUGAAGAGUUGUGGUUCAAGAUGUGGAUUAUAUAUGAUCCGGAUACUGGUCAAUAUAUUUGUUUUAAUCUGUUUAGCUGGAGCAGCUUGUUCAAUUUAUUAUACAUCCGUCUUCUCUAGUGAAUGGACAGCCAAGAAUACUGUAGCAAAUGGUACUGAUCAGAUCCUGGUGUUUAUAGUAGAGUUUUUACCAUCAAUAGUAAUCACAGUAUUAAAUGCUGUUUUACCUCUGGUAUUUGAACUGGUUAUUCAAUUAGAACACUAUACACAAGAAUUUGUUAUCAAACUUUCUCUCAUAAGAACCGUGUUUUUAAAGUUAUCAUCAUUAAUUAUAUUAGUAGUAUCUAUAUAUCAAGGUGUUAUAUCAUGUGAACCUAAAGAUGUAUGUCGUUCUACUAUUGAUACUUGCCCUAAUGUUACCUGUUGGGAAACGUAUGUUGGACAAGAAUUGUACAAACUUGUAAUUAUUGAUUUCGUGGUUAUAAUUGGCAAAGUAUUUAUUGUCGAAUUUCCUCGGAGGUUAUUAGCCAACAAGUGUUCGUGGAGAUUUAUAAAAUGGCUUGGUCCUGCUGAGUUUGAAAUCCCUGUGAAUGUUUUGGAUCUGGUAUAUGGUCAGUCUAUUUGUUGGCUUGGGUUUUACUUUGCUCCCUUGUUUCCAGCUAUUUACGUUAUUAAACUUACCGUCAUCUUUUACACAAAAAUGUUAUCAGCAUUGUAUGCUUGUGCACCACCAAACCGUCCUUAUCGAGCAGCUAGAACCAACAGUUUCUUUAUGAUAGUAUUAAUACUGGCUUUCUUUAUGUGCUGUUUUCCUGUAAUUUACUCUAUAGCCAACGUUCAACCGUCCCAUGGAUGUGGUCCUUUCCGUGGUACUUUUUUCCCGUAUACAGUUAUACCAGAUAGUAUUGCCACAUUACCUAAUGGUGCUCAACAGGCCUAUAAUAUUCUUACAUCUCCUGCAGUGACGGCGUCUUUUAUAAUUAUACUAUUGUUAUUGUUAUAUUUUUGCUCCAAUAUGAGAGUAGCCCACCAAAAGAGAAAUAAGAUAUUGAGACAAAAAUUUGAGACUGAAAGUAGAGAUAGACAAUACAUUUUAAAUCAACUCAAACAAGAAACUGGUAAAAACAGAGUUUGAAGAGAUUCCAUGGGAAGUUUGCUUACAACCGUUUUUAUAUAUUUGAGGUCGCAGAUACCCCAAACUUAAUGUUUACGUUACGUUUACAUGGUAAUCAUAUCCAAUGUAGCUUGACAAAAACCAAGAUUAUAUAUUAUAUAUAGUAUUAGUUCACGAACGAAUAAAAAUGGGUGUGUAAUAAUGUAUUUCUAAAUGAUAUUUAUCAGAAUUGGAGGAGAUUUUUGUCGCAUUACAAACAAGCUAUCAAUAGCCGCAAAAUUGUCUAAUUUUAUUGCUUUGGCAAUAAUAGUGAUAUUUUGUAAAUUAAUAAAAACACAGUAUUAAGGAAUUCUGUAUGUCAAUUUGUAUAAAAUCCGAGCCAUUUUUGUACUUAUAUAUAUAGCAUUAAUAUUUGACGAUGUAUUAUUGUCAGUUCAUACGAAAUGUAUCCGUAAUAUAAUGCCGGUUUAUUUUUUUUUUAUUUUUGCACAAAUAAAAGCUAAGUAAUUUUUAACAUUGAAUUGUUUGCUUCUUUUUCUGGAGUAAACCAUGAUGGGUAGAUUCGGC